UCUCUGCUCACUGCAUUGCCCCGUUUCUCAGAGAGAGAGAGAGAGAGAGAGAGAGAGAGAGAGAGAGAGAGAGCGAGAGAGAGAGGAGGCUCAUGGCGGCGGCGGUGGUGGCGGGAGCGCUCCGGCGGGGAAGAGCCGGCGCCGGCGGCGCGGCAGAGAGGACGCUGCGUAGGCUCGUGAGCACACUGAUCAUAGCGGAGCACGAAGGCGGGCUCGUGAAGCCCUCGUCUCUGAGCGCACUGGCGGCCGCCGAGGCCAUCGCCAAAGAGAAUAAGGUGUCUCUUCUCCUCGGUGGAUCCGGACCGACUCUGCAUAAGGCUGCCGAGCAUGCUGCAUCUAGCCACCCAUUGGUCAAUGAGGUUCUUGUUGCAGAUUCAGACAUAUUUGCACAUCCUUUAGCCGAGCCUUGGGCCGAGCUGCUCCGCUCCGUGCAGCAGAAAGGGGGAUACUCUCAUGUUAUAGCCUCUUCGACAUCGUUCGGGAAGAAUUUGCUUCCACGCGCCGCGGCUCUUCUAGAUGUCUCCCCUGUCACGGACGUCACUGCAAUCUCUGAGCCCCGGGUCUUUGUGAGGCCAAUCUAUGCUGGAAAUGCACUCUGCACUGUACGAUAUACUGGGGAGUCUCCUUGUAUGAUGAGUAUUAGAUCAACAUCAUUUUCUCCAGCUGCCGAGUCUAUGUCAGAAACUAAAGUUGCGCCUAUAACCCAGGUUGAUCUCUCUUUCCUCAGUGAAGCUAGCUCAAGGAAAUCUUCAUGGGUGAAUCUUACAUCCCAAGAUACAGAACGGCCAGACCUGGCAAAUGCACGCGUGGUAGUCACUGGAGGCAGAGGUUUGAAGAGCGCCGAGAAUUUCAAAUUGUUGGAGCAGCUGGCAGAGAAACUUGGCGCCGCAGUGGGUGCGACCAGAGCUGCCGUCGAUGCAGGAUAUGUGCCAAAUGAACUACAAGUUGGGCAGACCGGGAAGAUCGUUGCGCCUGAGGUCUACAUUGCUUUCGGGGUUUCAGGGGCGAUACAACACUUGGCGGGGAUGAGAGAUUCCAAGUACAUCGUGGCGGUCAACAAAGAUAUGGACGCCCCAAUCUUUCAGGUCGCGGAUUACGGGAUCGUUGGCGAUCUGUUCCAGGUCCUUGAGGAGCUCCUGGAGAAGAUCCCAGACAAGAAAUAAGUGUCGGGAGCGUGUCAAUCAUCCGUCAUGUUCCUCGUCAAUGCGUGGAAGGGGCUUUCGUCGAAAUGUGUCAUUGUUGUAUGGUUGGCCGGUUAAUAAGCACCUUGCUGGAUAGCGGUGUGCAAGCAGCAUAACUGGAGGAAUGUGUUCACAGUUGACAUUUUUGAAAUCUCAUCUCCCCAGUUUUGUACAUAUAUGCACCAGAAUAUUGAGUGCAUGUGAAUAAUAAUGAAGUCAUGGUUAAUCCAGCUAUUGGUACAA